UUACUAAUCAGACUACUAUGUAAAUUUGCCAAAAAUCAUAGUACAUCCAUAAUAUGAGUGCAUUUGUUUUCCAACAUUUCAGUUACAGCCAAUGAAAUGUGGAACAAUUUUCCUGCUUCAUUUGUCCAUUCUAAUCUUUGUCAUAGCAGAAUAACAGAAGGACAUCCGUUUUUUGCUUCAUCUGUUUCAUUGAAUGAUUCAUAUCACCUAAGAUGCAUCAUCACUGAUUUCAUUUAAUCCUGUAUUAAAAUUGUUUUUCUCAUAGCCUACCUUUUCAAUUUUACAAAAUAUAGCUGAAUUGACCACAAGUUGCUCAUUUAUUACUGUGGUCUUCCCACGAAGAAAGGUACCGUGUUUAUUUUUAUUUCGAAGCCACACAUCCUCCUGCUCUCUUGUUGAAGACACCCCAUUCAUUCCAAAACAAAGUCAAGUCCCCUCUGGACAUCCUAAAAAUACUAUGAGAUUUCUGGGUGCUCUGAAAUACAUGGAGAAGCUGUGGGCACUCGCUCACAUCACCUGUGGAAUGCCCCUUUGUACACAAUAGUCAUUGUUCAGUGUUACAUUAACAGUAGGUAUUGACUAGUAUCCCCUUAAGCCAAAGUGAAUUGAAGGAAACGGCAAUUGCAUACAUUGAGACUGUUGAUACCGGCCUCGGAAAGCAAACAGUGUGAAGCUGUUGUGUGAUAUUCCUGAAGAAAAUGUGCAUCUCUUCUUCAGUUGUGAGACUUUCUUGUACUGCUAUCAAUGCAGUGCAAGCGUCUCAUAAUUGAAAUGAUUUGAAUAUCAUCGGUUGAUUCUGAACAAGUGAACACAUACACCAGCUUUGGCUGGGUAGCGAUGGGGCUAAAACACGUUGCACGGUCGCUUCGAUUAAUCAUUGCCUCCGCGACAGCAAAUAAGUUACAUUACUGAGGAAAGACUGACAAAUGUAAAAGAAAAAUAAUUAAACAAAAGAAACAAAAAGAUUACUAUCAUAAUGUGUAGUUUUGUGAGUGUGGGAUUGUGCUAUGCUUUAUUCCGAAUACAUUUUGUUUCCAUCCAUAAUAUGUGUCAGUCUUUUACAAAAGCCCUUUUGUGUAUGUGCCUGGAGAGAGCUGUUUCCAAAUUUUGUUUAGCUCAGGCAGGCGUGUGUCAAUUGGUGGGCGGGGGUGACAGAAUGUAAGAGCGAGACUGGCUGUGGUUCUGAAUGGACUGCAGUGUGUGUGACUGGGCCUCAAGUCUGUGCGCAGUCGACAAAAUGCUCUCCGCUGUUGCAGCACGCUUUCUCUUCUCUCUCAUCAUGGUCAAUCUAAUCCCUAUUACUCCUCUUGUGGAGGAGAGACCUCUCCACGCUGCUGAUGUUGCUUUUCGGGUGCCUCAGGCCAAGACCAGAAAGCGGGUUUUCCCAGUGCCCCACACCGAGAAACCCAACCCCAUAUCUGAAGUCUAUGGCUACUGCAACACCCCCAGUCAUACUGAACAAGUCUGGGAAGGGCACAGUCCAGCAGACUAUAAGCUGCUGGCUGUUCAUGUGAUGAUUCGCCAUGGGGACCGUUACCCUCUCUACGCCAUACCCAAGACCAAACGCCCAGCCAUCAACUGCACCCUGUCCGUUAGCAGAAAUCCGUCACACCCUCUGCUGGGAUCCUUCAUAAAUCAUAUGGGCAAGGGAAAUCUUGGACACUGGGAGUCCCCUUUGACCUCCCUCCCUCGUCUACCCAACCACAAUCGUUGUGAGAUGGGAGAGCUCACACAAACUGGUGUGGUGCAGCACCUACGUAAUGGGAAACUCCUUCGCCAAGCCUACCAGCCUCACAGCCUUGUCCCCUCCGACUGGUCACCUCAACAGGUAUGGGUGGAGACCACAGGAAAGAGCCGCACACUUCAGAGUGGACUGGCGUUCCUCUUUGGUUUCCUCCCAGAUUUCAAUUGGAAGAAGCUGACUGUACAUCACCAGGGGAGUACCUUGUUCUGUGGCUCUGCUUGCGAUUGCCCUGCCAGGAACCGAUAUCUCGAAGAGGAGCAGAAGAGACAAUAUCGUCUCCGAGUGGCCAAUGGAGAACUAGAAAGAACUUACAUCGACAUGGCACGCACGUUAGAUAUUCCAACCCGUAACCUCCGAGCCGCAAACCCAAUCGACUCUUUGCUGUGCCACUUGUGCCACGGUCUUCCUUUUCCAUGCGUUGCCAGGAAAGAUGGUAGCACAGGGGAGUGUCUAACAAUGGCGCAGUUUGCUGUGAUUCGUCAACAACAGCUCAACGAUGAAAUAGAUCGGAGAAGAGUGGGACUGUAUCGUAAAUAUGCACUCCUGGCUAUGUACCCCUACCUCAACCGAACCGCUACCAAAAUGGAACGAGUCGCCAAGGCUGCUGCGAGUAGCCGGCCGCCAAGAGCGGGAGGCAAAGAGGUGUUCACUCUUUCCUCAGCUCAUGACGUAACUGUGGCACCUUUGCUUAGUGCCCUGGGAUUGGAGGAGGCCAAGUUCCCACCUUUUGCAGCAAGAUUGGUAUUUGAAUUGUGGAAAAGCCCCGCAGGGACUCCGCAACAGCAGGAGCGGAAAGCUGGCAAAGGUGAGAGGCCAAAAGCAAGAGAUGGAGGAUGUUUUAUCAGGGUGUUGUACAAUGGAGCGGAUGUAACAAGUAACACCACAUUUUGUAGCUCCAUUGAGCGAAAUUCCAGUCAUCCCCUCUGCCCUCUGAAGAAGUUUCUUGCUUUUGUCAGGAGAGACAUGUUCAGUCUUGUCAAUGCUACUUCCUACCAUGAGGCCUGUUAUGGUCAUACGGGUUAACACAGGGUAAAACAAUGAAUUAGCUUUUUGUUUUUUUCACUUGUAAUGGGAAAAGCAAAAAUGUAAUGUUCUAGUAUUGCACAGAUAGAAUUUCAUUUAUUUAAAAAAAAAAAAAAAAACACAGAAAAAACUUGCUAACAUUCCAGAGGAAACACACAUCUAGCACUAUAAUUGAUUAAAUGUUUGUUGAAGUUUUUAACAUUUACAUAAAGUCAAACUGACAACUAUAUGCAUUUUUAGCAAUGGCAUUGUUAUGAAGAUCUGAUAAGAAUAAUGAGGAUGGGUUCUUUACUUUAGCAAUAAAAUCCCUCACAAUUCUGUCACAAACAUUUGUAAAAUGUAGCACUAUGACACUUUAUUCUUACAUUCCAGACAGAAACACAAAGAAAUUGUAAUUCUAAAAUGUUUCUAAAUGCUUGAAAAAGGGAACAUUUAGUACUGAUACUGUAUGCUGGAUUUCUCAUUUCUAGAAUUUUUCUGUGUCUAUAAUUCAGUGCAUUUGUUGUAUAAAUCAAUUAGAUCAUUUUCAAAAGUUAAAGGGUGAGUUUCUUGUUUAAAAAAACAAACACUUUUUGUCAUUUAUGUUACCUGACAGUAGAAUAUUAUUCAAAUAAUUGUUGGAAAUCUUUUGCCUCUUAAUUUUUUUUCAAACUAUCAUCACAUCUUCAUUUAUCAAUCAUUUGCCAUGCAGGCAGCAUGUAGCUGGUAAGUCACCUCUUUUGUUUUUAAUUAAUUUUACAGGUCCUUAAAAAAAGACUCAAAUUCCUGGAAUGUGUUCAUAUUUUGUGACCUUCCAAUCACAAAUUUUAAUGUUUUGUUGAGAUUUUAUGUAAUAGACCAACACGAAGCAUUUAAUUGUGAAUUGUAACAGGAGUGAUUGACGUUUUUCAAUAAAUUUAGCAAAUCUA